AUGUCUGAUUCGACACCAGCGCUUUCCCAGGUUGAAGUCAAUGGAGUGAAACUAGCCUACCGUGAGUCCGGGGAGGGCGAGCCCCUGGUUCUCGUCCAUGGACAUCUCUCUGACCACCGCUCCUGGACACCCAUUGAAGCCAACCUGGCGGCCCACUUCCAUGUGUACAACUACAGCAGACGCUUUGCCUGGCCCAACGAACCAAUCCAGGACGGCGAGCCUCAGUCCUGGGAGCAAGACGCACUCGACCUGGCCGGCUUCAUCGAGGCUCUAGGCAUCGCACCCGCCCAUGUCCUGGGCAACUCGUCCGGCGCCACUAUUACCAUCUGGCUGGCCCGUCAGCGACCGCAACUAUUCAAGACUUUACUACUCGAAGAACCGCCCCUGAUCACUCUCUUCUUGCCCAGCCUUCCACCGAGUCCCCUAUCCGUCCUCUCCUUUCUACUCUGGCACCCUAUCUCCUUCUGGCCCGUGAUGACCUUUGGCGCCACCACGGUCUCGCCGGCCGCGGCGUACAGCAAAAAGGGCGACUACGAACGCGCCAUCUCCACGUUCGGAAAGGGCGUCCUGGGCCCCAAGUUCUGGCCCCGCGCCCUAGCCGACGUCGACCGCAAGCGCCAGAUCGACGACAAUGCAAAGGUUCUGUGCCACUUCCUCCGGUACAAUUCCAUGCCCAAAUUUGAUGUGCCGGACGCGCGGGAAAUCCAGGUCCCGACGCUCGUGAUUACGGGGAUUGAGGGCCCGUGGUCUCAGCAGUGUAUCGAUGCGGAGUUGAUCCGUGUGUGCGGCGCGAAGAGGAAGAAGGAGGUCAAGAUCGAGGGCGCGGGCCAUGCAGUACACGAAGAUAACCCGGAGCAGGUAGCCAGGGAGGUGGUGAGGUUCGUGUUUGAGGAUAAGGCUGUCUAA